AUGGGUUUAACAAUUUCAUCACUCUUCCAAAAUUUAUUUGGUAAAAAACAAAUGCGUAUUUUAAUGGUUGGUCUCGAUGCUGCUGGUAAAACAACAAUACUUUAUAAACUUAAAUUAGGUGAAAUUGUAACAACAAUUCCAACAAUUGGUUUUAAUGUUGAAACAGUUGAAUACAAAAAUAUUAGUUUUACUGUUUGGGAUGUUGGUGGUCAAGAUAAAAUUCGUCCAUUAUGGCGACACUACUUUCAAAAUACACAAGGUCUUAUUUUUGUUGUUGAUAGUAAUGAUCGUGAACGUGUUGGUGAAGCACGUGAAGAACUUCAACGAAUGCUUUCAGAAGAUGAACUUCGAGAAGCCACUUUACUUAUUUUCGCUAACAAACAAGAUUUACCAAAUGCAAUGAAUGCAGCUGAAAUAACAGAUAAAUUAGGUCUUCAUUCAUUACGUAAUCGUAAUUGGUAUAUACAAGCAGCUUGCGCUACAAGUGGCGAUGGUCUUUAUGAAGGUCUUGAUUGGUUAUCCAAUCAAUUAAAAAAUAUGAAAUAA